AUGACCUCCGAAAAUGACAGCUUCUUGUUCGACGACUUCGGCUUGGACUUCUUGAACGACUCCAUUUCUUCUAAAUCCGCCUUCCACAACAGCGUCAACGACACGUCCAGCACCGACGGCGACAUGCACACCGUCAUCCCGAUGACGGUGCUGUACGUCAUCACCUUCCUUCUCAGCGCCGUGGGCAACACCGUCACCUGCAUCGUCAUCGUAUACAACAGGUACAUGCAUACCGCGACGAACUACUACCUCUUCAGCAUGGCCAUCUCGGAUCUUCUGCUUCUUGUUACUGGACUGCCCAUCGAGCUCUACGGCUUCUGGACGCCCGGACAACCGUACGCCUUUGGCGAGACGUUCUGUAUCGUUCACGGACUGUGCGCAGAAACAUCCACCAACGCUUCUAUUCUCACCAUCGUGUUCUUCACAGUGGAGCGCUACAUGGCCAUCUGCCAUCCACUGAUACAGCAGACCAUGUCAAGUCUCCCUCGCACCAUCCGCAACAUCGUCUUCAUCUGGGCAGUUGCACUUCUCUGCGCCUGCUUCCCCGCUGCUCAGUUUGGCAUCAAACACAAGCUGGAUGAGUUCGGUAACAUCCGCGAGGAGACUGCCAACUGCAACGUGGUGCGCCAUCUCUUCCCCUACGUGUUCGAGGUGUCGUCAGUGCUCUUCUUCGUCGUGCCGAUGAUGAUCAUCACGCUUCUCUACGUUCUCAUCGGGCUGCGCCUGCGGCGUUCCGGACGAUCGAGGCACAUGUCCCGAGGAAGUAUGCACGGAGGAGGGUCCGGUACCGGCGCCGGUGCCAUCGCUGCCAGGAGAGCCGUCAUCAAAAUGCUAGUGGCGGUGGUCGUAGCAUUUUUCAUCUGCUGGGCACCAUUCCACGCGCAGAGACUACUAGCGAUCUCCGUGCCGGACAAGCGAUCAGAGGUCGUCAAUGCCAUUAUGCAGGGUCUGUAUCGGGUCUCUGGAGUACUCUACUUUGUCAGCACAUGCGUCAACCCCAUUCUCUACCAUAUUAUGAGCGCCAAGUUCCGACAAGCCGUUCGGGACACCUUUGGAGAGACCUGCAAAAGACUGUGCUGCUGUUCAGGGACUUGCGAUCGAGAGGAUUCAGUCAGUCAGCCGUCAACAAACAUUACUGGACUGACGCCAUCGGCCGACGGUGGGUCGGAAAAGAUGCCGGAACUUCUCGCCACGGUCGAUCCUCUGCUGGCCAAAAACACCACCGUCACCCGGGUCUGAGCCGCCGCCCGACCGCCACCAUGACGCCAUUAUGACGUCACAAUGGCGUCGUUUCUUUCCUUUCAUCGCUUCACUUGACCGGUUGAUGUGCGUCGCAAAAAUCAGCGCCGCUCGACAGACGACCUCGUUUAGUCUGAGCAUCUAAGUGAGUGCAACAGUCGCCGGUUGGUCACGCAAGACCACAUCUCGCAGAACAUUUAGCCGCCGCUAUUUGGAGCCUCUGACGUCAUCACUGACGUCAUUUGAGCUCGGAGUCGGCCGUCGGAUGCUACGCAGUGGCGGGAGUGACCUGUUGCUUUUUAAACGACACUGAUAAUAAGUGAUUGGCGUAGAGCGGAAACAAAGGAACGCUGUCAUGGCGAUGUAUGAUAUCCGUUGGGUAAAGACUCUAUGAUCCGAUGGUGCUGCGCUGCAGAUGACAAUCGUAGCGCAUGUGACGAGAUAUGACGCUGUGUAGUGAUGCGUAGCGAUGGAGCUCGAGUCUCGCCGAUUCGAGUCUCGUAUCCAUCGAAGCUGAAUCCAAUGUUUCCUCGGAUGAAAUCAUUUGUAGUUUUUUUUUUAGAACAGAGGUGCAUUUAUGUUUUCUUUUUUUCAUCAGCAUGCAUUUUGUCUCACAUAGCAGUUGUGGUGCCAGGCUGGUUUUGAGUGAGCAAUGGUAGAUGUGAAGGCUGAAUACUGAACAGGUCAUUUCAGCGUGUGUAUUGUUCGAGUUGUGUGGUUGGACUUUUGGCCAUAUUUUCGCGCGUAUGAGAGGUUUAUGAAUCUCGUCUUGUUGGCCUGUAGAUGUCAAGUACUUGGCUUAUUUGUCGUAUAACUGGAAUAAGUAGGUUGUUGACGUUCAACAUUUCGGUGCAGCGAAAACAAGUACCUGGUAGUUGAGAGAGAAACGGGCUGGACCCAGGCUUUUCGCCAAACGUAUGUGCAAUGUUUUGCUCUGCAUAGCUCGCUUAUUGUACAUAUGUACAUUUAGUAUUUUUGAAUCGCAGUAUCAAGUUGAAAUCUGCCACAGAUAGAUAUAUGUGAUUGGUCGGUAUGCCUCGUGGUGUAGAUAUGUGUUUUUUUGUUGUGUGUUUUGGUGAAUAUGUCCCAUCUUUUAUGUUAUCAUGGUACCUUUAGUCACUGACAUUGUAUAUGGAUAAGAUGGUAUUGAGAUCAAGAACUUAAUCUGAAAUGUGAUAUACGUCGUUAUAAUUUAUGACGCUAUCUAUUUCUAAAAUUCGCUGCUGUGAAUAGGAUUGUGUUAUUUUUUGUCAUGAUCUAUGUGUAUUGUAUAGAUUUAGAGAAGUAUUUUUGGCAGCAUCUGGAGAACUCGUGUUAGGAUGAAAUUAAUUGGUUUCUGGCUAAUAAUGGCUCAAAUAGUUCCGUAUGAGAUACUUCAGUCAUUAUUGCAGUGAGCAUAUAUCAAAAAAGUUCAUUGUCACAAUGCAAUAGUAGACUAUCGAAUUCCAUAAGCUUGAGCGGGUUGUUGGCUAUGGUGACGUUAUUCUGGCUAAACCUGUUGAGAUCAAUGGCUCCUUUUAUAAUACAGAUACGUAACUGCUUUCGAGAACGGUAUAAGUCGUAGCACCAAAGCCUUUACUUUUUCAAUCUUAUGUGUAUUGCAACUCGACGAAAUUUUAUGUUACGAGCAUUUAGUAGACAGUACUAUCCACUUAUGGUCAAUUUUCUUCUCCAUUCAUAGUAUUGUUUAUCUAAAAAUGACUUUUCUUACACGAUAAAGCUAUUUGUGUGAUAAGCGCAAGUCUGGAAAAGCCCAGCCCUACCAGCAACAACAUACCAGAGCGUUGCAUGAUGAAAUUUAGCUUGAUAUUCCCCACCUACACCAUUUAAAUCUUGCUAAAAAAGAUGAAAAUUUGUAUUUUUAAUUGGUGCUUAGACUAUGCCACUCUCGACGGCCGAAAAAAUAACGUUACGGGAUGCCCUGUGAGCUUUCUUAAUAAGCGUAAGGAGAACUGUUUAACGUGAAUAUCUCUAUCGAAGGUUGCUACUGAAUAUGCUGCAAGCUAUCGAGGGCCAUUGGAUGGUAUAUUUCAGGAACAUGACAAUUUAGUGUGAACGAUGACAUUUGUCGCCAGCUACAUGUCUUUGUGUUCGAUGUAGUGUCGCGUCGGGCAUCUUCAGACAGCGCCCGCAGGAAUCUCCGACAAAUGUAGCUCUGCUCCAGCUCACAUCUCUUUUUGGUGGGCUUAUUCCGUGUUGUGCGCCGCCCGACGGGACAUUAGGUGUUUCCGUGUGCUUUCCGCGUUGGAACUGGCUCGUGGCGGCGCUGCCCCGAGCCAGACCCUCCAGUUCUGCUGCCGCCGGGUUCAAAUACACCAUUUGUCUGGAUCGUUUGUAAUUGCCGGGAAAAAGGUUGGCCGC